AAAGAAGAAGAAGGAGAAAGAAGAGAAGGACUUAAAGAAAAGGUUCAAUCUCAAAGGAGAGAUCAACAUCAUCGAUGAGGGUAUCGUCCUGGAGGCUAUGGACGCUGAGUAUGAGAAGUACAGCCUCCAGUGUAACAUAGGGGAGAAGAUUGAGAUCCUUAGGAAAGAAGGGAAUCCCCCUGGCAAGUGGCUGGCAAGGAAUCCAGACGGACAUUAUGGUUAUGUGGAUCAUCAGUUUGUGAGACUAGAAGAAUUUGAUGCAGGGGAGGUGUAUGACGAUGUGAUGGAAGAAGAAAAACAAACUGUCAAACCAAUUGAACCAGUCAAAAGUGAUGAAGAGGGAGAGGAAGAGAACAUCUAUGAUGCUGUCAAUUGAUGAAAGCCAACUCCAUUGGGUUAGUGGUUCCAGGAAAGAACUCUACUUAAUCCGUACUUGAAGUGGAAUAGCGCCCUCGGGAUGUACUUCUAAUUUAGUGGUUAAAUAAUAACACUUAUCAGGAUUGUGAAUGAAGAUCAUCGAGUAUGAAUGAAAAGUGAAUCUAUGAAGUAAACCUUUGGUGAGAAAGAACUCUACUUACUCCUUACUCCAAGCUGAGGUGCCCUUCAAACGUGAUUUUUAUUUUUCUCAUGGUCAUAAUAUAAAUUAGACUCGUGAAUUAAGAUCAUUAAUGGAAUGAUCAAUAUAGAUCUAUGAAGGAAAGUUUUACUUAAUCUGAAUUUCAAGUUCAGUUGACUUCAAAGUGUACUUUAAAUUUUCACUUUGUAAUAACAUUAAUCAGACAUAAGAAGUAAGAUGAUGAAGAAUGAAUGGUUAGAGUUUGUUUGGUUGGCUGAGGAUUAUUGAAGAAAUCUUUCUAUGAGACUUAACUCUUAACUUAAUCUGCUACAAGCAAAAGUGCCCCGUGUACUUUCUGAUUCUAGCAAUUUGCAUCCAUACAAACCAACCUGGAAAUUUGUAGAGCGCCUGUAUCUAAUUGCCUAAUCUAAGGCGCCCGACGAGACUGAAAAACUACUGAAUAUGCCAUUCGUAAUUUUAACCUGAGAGAGACUAGAGUAGUGGCUA